UUUUUUUAUCAAAGUAAUUGCAAAAGCGUGUGGAAAAUAAUAGUAGAAGAACCUGCCCCAUUGGCUGUAUGCUAUUUGAACUGGAUUCCCCCCACCCGUUCGCGCACGAGGGGGGAGGCUUGUCAAGUGAGCGGCUUUACCUGUAGUAAAUCUUGUUUAUGACGUGUUAAUGUUGUUUCUUAGAGAUGAUAAUAAUUGUCCAGUGCACAUGCGCCGCUGAAGAAAACCACAAACAAGUAUUUUUUUUCUCCUUUAAAAAUAAAUCUUUAUUACAUUCUUCAGACAAAUAUUAGAGCUCUGAAAAAAUAAUAAAAAACAUUUUACGGCAUAAUCCUAAAAAACAUUACAACUGGCAUUGCAACAUAAUAAUAGCCUAAUAAUAAUAAUAAUAAUAAUAACAAAAUAUGUAGUUCCAGGACCCAAUGCCUCACAAUUGCAAUUGUUUCUCCACCUAGGUAGUGUAAACCUUUGUGUAGGAAAAUUAGAAUAACUCUUUGGCUCCUAUCAAAUAUUAAUGGGCACACCCGCAUGCGCGAACACUUUCAAAAUGUAUAAUUCCUGCAGCGCUCCUUGUUGCUGGGCGCUGUGUCAAAAACAAUAUCCGAGCUCAUUUUGGAGGAUGCGCAGGGGGCGAAGAAAUGGGACAUUUUUCGUGCAGGGACUUGCCAGCCGCAGAUCUCAUAUCUGAUUUCAUGUGUUCAGUGACAGUCGAGGUUGAAUAAAUGAUUCAAAUGCCAGUCAGUUUGGAUAGACAUUAAGAGCCCCCAUAACUUUCCAGGAAAGGGAGGAAAAUAUUUUGGUUGUGCUUAUCGAUAGCUAUGUUGGACUACUACAAAGCCUUUAUUGAUAGAGAUUAAUUAUUUUUAUGUAAUCAAAUACAUAUUCCUGUUUAUCAUCCUGUUACACAAAUAAUUGCUUUCAGACUUGCUCGACAUCCAAGUUACAAUUAAUACAAGCAAGUGGCCUUUAGCAUAAAAAUCACAGAGAAAAACAAAACACUCAGAGAAAAACCACCUAGGAUUAAAAUAAAACAAGCAAGUGUCCUUAAGUACAAAAAUAAUAGAUAAACCAUAUGGAGUCAUGGAAUUGAUAAAAAAGUACGGGCCUAUCUGUUCAUUUUGCGUUUUAUAAUUGUACUUAUGGGAUAUCCCUAUGUAUAUGGCGGGGGAGUUAAUGCUUAGUAGAAUUUUUCUUUGUUUAUCAGACAAUAAUCCAAUAGUUCAAACAUAGCAUCCCUUAGGUUAGAUGUCGGCCAUAUUGUCCUUUUAUUGUUCGCAAAUACACUCAAAGAUAUUUUUUGAAUAUUCAAACCUUCUGUGAAUUCCAUUCAUUGAGGGCAAACAGUACUAAACGGGUAGAGAAAACACGAGCGCAAAUUAAAUCUUAAUUUAAAUAAAAUCUUUUAAGCAAACUCGCACAAAUCACACAUAUUCUGUGGAAAUGCAUGGAUUAAAAUAUGUAAGUACCAACGCUCCUUAAUCCACUUACCCUAAAUGUAUUUAUAUAACAAAGCCAUGUUUAGAAAUUACACCAGUACAUAAUUUAAUAUGCAUAUGAAAGCGCUGUAAUUCUACGUCGUUUCAGUGCGUUGACGAGAUAAAAUAGUGUUUCGGUCCCAAAUUGAAUUUUUAUGUUUUUUCAAUUGGGUUCGUCAUUUUAUUAGGACAGUAACAGCAAAUGUACAUACGAUUUAUUUUAUGUAAGCUUAGGUGAGGUGUUUCCCCUGUCUCGUAAUGCAGGAAUAAUUACCCAUUUGGAAAUAAAUCAAUAUCAAACCUCUCGCUAAUUCAUAACGGUCUGCGCUGAGCAACGAUUGAAAGCACAUGAAAAAUGACCGGUGAAACGCUAUCCAGAGGCGACGCGGCGGAUUUUCAUCCAUUUGAGGAGCAUGGGCAACCGCGAUAAGAGAAUUCAGCCGGAAAUGUCCAAGCCAACGUCUGCCUUUUUAUGCAGUGUUUAAUAAUAGCAUGGAUAAGAUCAUCACAGUUUUAAUAGUUAUAAUUGAACGUUCAAGGGCGCGCGUGUUGCUUUCUGCUAUAUCUGCGUGGGCAGUGUACAACCCAGCACACAAAAGCAUUUAAGAACCAAAGCCAAGUGCAGUGUCUUAAUGUUCACAAUUUAAGGCUAGUUAUGCAGGCAACAGGCUUAGUGCAAAGCUAUAGUAAAACAAAAGCGCUACGUAUUUUAGCCAAACCCGCCGCGGGAAAUACUGAGCUAGGUUAUUUUUUUAACUCGCAAACAUAACACAAUUUCUAUAUACUGGAAUUUGGCAUUAUUCACAACAAAUGAAAAAAAAGGACACAAUAAACGUGUUGGAUGUGGACAGGAAAGAGAACAAUUAUCGGGAUGAAGUUGACCGUGGUCGCCCUUGCAGAAGCCUGCAGGUUGCAAUAACCAUAUGGCCCGUGUGUUGGCCCCGUAACCGUGCAGUUCCCUAUUGGACAAACGAACCCUGUUGGCUUCUCCACCCAGUGUGUCCUGUCAGUCCACUGGUUCACUAGUUCACUGUGUCAAUCCACCCUGCUCCGCGCAAGCAGCGAAAGGCGGAAAGGCAGCUUUAGAGUAGAGGGAGAAUCUUUCGCCUGCUGGUGACUGCUGCUUCUUAACACGCCACGACUCCGAGCCCGAGGUUCGGCUGAAGAAAAACGUGCUCCGGAGAACCGUUUUGGACGCCGCGUGUGGGUUGUGAGCGCAUUUGCAGUUCCGUACGCGCUUGAUCCACAAACUGGUUAUUGUUCUAGGUAGACUCUGAAAUCGAAAAAGAAGAUAUAAGACGGUGUUCUCUCGUAUCGAAUCAUAAUAUACAUUUAUGUGUGUGUGUAUAUAUAUAUAUAUAUAUAUAUACACACACACACAUCUGUAAAAAAAUCCUUUCAUGGCCGUCUAUCUGUUCCGUGGUUUUGGUUAAUUCCAAAAACAAGGUCUCAUCUUCGGCGGAGAGACGGGGAGGAAUGCUGGAUGUCAGUUCCUUCUCUUUAUCAAGAAGCUGUAUCCUUGCAUAAAAUCUAGAAGUGAUAAAGGACAAUAUCUCGGUCAGCUUCCAAGAGGCCAUUGGAAAGAGACCGUCACGUGACAUCUAGUGCCAAUGUUCUUCCAGAAGGUCGUCAGGACCCUGGUAGCCAGUAACUCCACUUUUGGAAAUGCAGAAAACGACCUACUACGACAACUCGACACUUUUCGGAGGUUACUCGUACCAGGGGGCAAACGGUUUUGGCUAUGAUGCCCCGGCUGCAGCCUUCCAGAACUCAGCGCAUCUCGAAGGCGACUACCAAAGGUCUGCGUGCUCCCUACAGUCGCUCGGCACCAGCGCACCCCCCCAGUCUCAGCAUGCCAAGACGAAAGAGCUCAAUGGCAGCUGCAUGCGGCCCAGUCUACCACCUGAACACCACCCACCCCCACAAGUGUCCCCUCCUCAGAACCCUGUAAAUGUUGCUGCCUCCAAUGCCACCCAGCAGCCAGGUGGUAGCAGUGGUGGUGGAGGUGGUGGGGGGACCGGCAGCGGGGGAACGGCCAAAUCAUCAUCCAAAUCAUCCUCACUGGCCCCAAACCCAACGCUCGCCAAGCAGAUCUUUCCCUGGAUGAAGGAGUCACGUCAGAAUACAAAGCAAAAAAACAGCUCCCCCAGUGCGAGCUCAGCUAACGCGGAGAGCAGCGGUGGUGAGAAAAGCCCUCCGGGUUCUGCAGCUUCCAAGAGAGCACGCACUGCUUACACCAGCGCACAGCUGGUGGAGCUCGAGAAGGAGUUUCACUUCAACAGAUACCUGUGCCGGCCACGGCGCGUGGAGAUGGCCAAUCUGCUGAACCUCAGCGAGAGGCAGAUUAAGAUUUGGUUUCAGAACAGGCGGAUGAAGUACAAGAAAGAUCAGAAGUUAAAAGGCAUGGGGUCAUCCUCAGGUGGACCGUCGCCCACAGGAAGUCCACCCCUCCCAAUGCAGUCUUCGGCCGGUUUUAUGAACUCGAUGCACUCAAUGGGAAGUUAUGACGCUCCCUCUCCUCCAUCUUUCAACAAGCCUCAUCAAAACGCAUACGCCAUGUCAACAGCAUAUCAGAACCCAAUGAAAGGUUGCCCGCCACAACAAAAGUACGGAAACACCGCUCCGGAUUACGACCCACACGGGCUACAGGGUAACAGCGGCACCUACGGGACACCAAACAUGCAGGGUAGCCCCGUGUAUGUGGGAGGCAGCUAUGUCGACACCAUGCCUGCCACUGGGCCUUCUAUGUAUGGCCUCAAUCACCUACCGCACCACCAGACGGCUAGCAUGGACUACAAUGGUGCCACACAGAUGUCGGCGAACCAGCACCAUGGACCGUGUGACCCACAUCCAACAUACACAGAUCUGUCUGCGCACCAUCCUUCUCAGGGUAGAAUCCAAGAAGCACCCAAGUUGACUCAUCUGUAGCAGGUUUGGACAAAAAAAGAAAAAAAUGGAAGAUAAACAAAACAGACUAACCCAUGGGACGAUGCAAUGGGGUUGAAAAAUAUGAUCCAGUGGUUUCUUGCCAUGACUAGAACACCAGUUUGUGUCAAUGUUGUCCUUCCAUUCAUGUGUGUAAACAUGCCAUUUUUCCAUGAAUUUCAUAUCCAUAAGUCUAAAUGCCCCUUUAAAGUGAAAACUUUCAUGAACAGUGUGUAUAAAUGGCUAGUUUAUGCCAAGGAAUAGAUUGUCUAGCUGUAUGACCUCAUUAUAUCAUCGUAAAUGUUUGUGUACUUCAGCAUUAUCGCUGCAUUCCUUACACUUUGGAGGGCUGUACGGUAUAGCUUACAUUUUAACUGGUGCAAGAAAACCACUGGAUUGUUUUUCGUCCACUACCCUUAUUUCACAUACCUCUUCUUUUUUAAAUUUCUCACUAACGGUCAAUUUGUUAUUAACUUGUUCUCAAAACAACAACAAACUGCACAUUGUUUUUGAUCAAGACGUUCAUCCCUUUAUCUAUUUUAAGGGGUAGAAGUCCAUUUUAAACUAUGCUACCUAUCCCUCUUAAUGAGAAGUAAAUAGAAAUUUGUUAUGACUUUGACACAGGGUAAAAAAAGUUGAGAGAGUUGAGAAUUUUAGUAAAUUAAAGCUCAUCCCCUUGUUCUCAGCUUACUAUCCCCUCCCUCUUUUCCCAUCCCUUUCCCCAUAGUUCUUCCCCAGUUCUCUUUCUUUCCCAAUCUUGGGUUUGCCUACAUUAGUCUAAACUAAUAUGAAAGGCCCACAAGUCUUGACUUAGAAAAACUAGGAAACAGGGUAUAUUUGAACAAAAAUGCAUGUCCGGGAAACCAAGCUACGGCGCAGACGUCUCUGUUUACGCCUAAUACGCUCUUGUCUGGGCAUCAUUGUUGCACUUAGAGUUUACAUUUAAUGGGUGAGGAAGAAAAGUAAAUCUUAUUUUGAAUCGAAAGGCCUUCAAUCAGCGUCUUUCGCUAAGUGUGUUCAAGUGAACAUUCAUAAAUAUAUAUUUAUUUGUUAUAGCCAGUUUAAAUACUUUCUUUUUUGUAUUAUUUAUCCCCAUGUAUUUAUAUCGAUAAAAAUGUACUUUUUUAGUAUCUACCUGUUAUAAAAAGCCGUUGUGUUCUUGUCAUUGUAACAAGUUAAUUUUUAGUUAUUGUAUUUUAGAGAUAUGUAGGUUUAUGUUACCCUUGUAUAAAUAAUGUCUUGACAUGUACAGGGGGCGCAUGAGCGGAAUCACACCGUUCCUGCGUAGUCGAGAAUUAGACGGAAUAUAGCAAAACAUUUUGAGAACUUCAUUUGUCCUUUGUAACUACUUUUAUUUCCU